AUGGAGCCUAUAUUACCACCUACCUUGAGAAGGCCCCCGGGAAGACCACACAAGAACAUAAGAAGGGCUCCAUCAUGCCAGGUUUCCAGAUCGCGGAAAAUGUUUUGGCGUUCAGCUUCAUGGUCCGCUUCCCAGACGAAUGGCCAAAUUCCAUUAACUGAGGACAGAGAUCGGAGAAGUCCCAAAGGUAAUGAUGGUACUAAUAAUAAUGGACAAACUCGCCGGUUUCCUCCUCCUCCUUUACCUCCACGUUCCCAACAGAAUUGUAAGGCCAGGUCCUGUUUGCCACCUUUGCAGCCACUGUCGAUUGCACGGAGUAGUUUGUAUGAGUGGCCGAAAGCUAGUUCUGAUGACCUUGGUGAGUGGCCACAGCCGCCUACCCCAAGUGAGAACAAGAUUGGUGAGAGGUUGAAGCUUGAUUUAUCACCAAUUCAGUGGAAUAAUGAAAAGAAUGGUGGGCUUCUAAAGAGGGACAAGAUUGCUUUCUUCGAUAAAGAAUGCUCGAGUGCAGAGCAUAUUUAUCUCGGCGGAGAUGCCGUUGCAAAGGACAGGGAAAUACUCAAAACGAAUGGUAUCACUCAUGUUUUAAAUUGUGUUGGCUUUGUUUGUCCAGAAUAUUUCAAGGCUGAUUUUGUGUACAGAACUUUGUGGUUGCAAGAUAGUCCAUCAGAGGAUAUUACUAGCAAACUUUAUGAUGUUUUUGAUUAUUUUGAGGAUGUUAAGGAACUGGGUGGAAGAACUUUUGUUCAUUGCUGCCAGGGUGUAUCGAUGUCCACAUCAUUGGUGAUAGCAUAUCUUAUGUGGAGAGAGGGACAGAGUUUCGAUGAUGCCUUUGAGUAUGUAAAAGCUGCAGGAGGAAUUGCUGAUCCGAAUAUGGGUUUUGCUUGCCAGUUGUUACAGUGCCAAAAGAGGGUCCACGCUUUCCUGUUGAGCCCUAGUUCCUUAUUGAGGAUGUAUAGAAUUGCAGCUCACUCACCUUAUGAUCCUUUGCACCUCGUCCCUAAAAUGCUAAAUGAUCCGUCUCCUUUGGGUCUGGAUUCUCGAGGUGCAUUUAUUGUUCAUAUACCUUCUGCAAUAUAUAUUUGGAUUGGCAAAAACUGUGAAUCUAUCAUGGAAAGGGAUGCACGAGUAGCUGUUUGUCAGAUUGUUAGAUAUGAGAGAGUGCAGGGACCGAUAACAGUUAUAAAGGAAGGAGAAGAACUUCUUCACACCAUAAAUCUAAUAGCAUGGAAAUUGGCAGUGUCGAUCGCACUUCUCAACCUUGUUCUCAAUCCGCUUCAUCCCCCUUGCAAAAGGUUUCACCUUCUCUUGCUGAACGCCGAGGCAGUUUGUCAAAGUCUCUCAAGCUGCUGGUGGUGAGUGAUAAUGUAAGAAACAGAAAUGAGCAGUCAUGCUUUCUAACCAAGAAAUAUGGGAUCCAGAUAAAAAAAAAAUUGUUCAUCAUGUGAAUCAGAUAUUGAAAUUAUCUUUGACUUAAAGCGUGGUGGUGGAAAUGGUGUGGAUAUUUUGAUUCAAGAUUCCAGUUUGAAGAUAUCUCCUGGUAGACCAGCUAAUGCUGCUGAUUCACGUGAUAUGAACUCUGCUUUUGUUAAAACUUGUGAAAGUCCAGAAAAUCUUCCUCGGGAUGGUCUUGCGUCUCCUGUUCCAAACAGAAUGGAGGAAAGUAUUUUUGCUUGCCCUGGUGUACUUCAGCCUUUAGUAUGCCACUGGCCCAGUAUAGAGUAGAUGACAAAAUUUAGUAGAAUUGAACUAGAUUCAAAGUCCGCUUUUGCAAUUUUUUCUCCGACUACAGCCAUAGGCAAAAAUGAAGAUAUGAUUCUAUAUUUUUGGAUAGGAAGGUCUUUUCAACAGGAGAAAAGCUCGAUUCAGUUAGAUAGCAGCAGAAUGAUGAGGGACAGAGAGGAUAUUGACUGGGACCAAGUUGGUUAUGAUGUUCUAACUCAAGUGGAUCUGCCAAAGGAUUCUGUGAAGCCGAAGAAGAGAUGUGAAUCAACUCUUUUACCUUUUAUCCUUCUAAUGUUGACCUUGAUUAUUUACUAUGAGCAAAGAAGAUGAGGAACCAACAGAGUUUCUCAUGUUGCUGAAGAUGAUGUAGAUUUGCUUGAAUCAAGGAUAGAUCAACAAGCUGAGACGGUUCAUAGAUUCUCUUUUGUUUCUUCAAAUGGUUUAUUUUUGUUGCGGAAUUUCAGGCAUCAAGUAGUUCCCAUGGCAAAAUAAACAAGAUAACUACCAUGUUGGAAUUCACCAGGUUGUACAGCAUCAUAACAACAUUGUAAUCGGUAAUCAAUUGUUUCGAUAGACAGUUAUUGUAUAUUCAGUUUUAUGAGAGUCAAAUUCUGAAAAUCUUAGCUAUCCAGGCUCAAUAGAUUCACUGUAAUCUCGCUUCUGCCUGCAACGAUGUUUCUUUUUCGGAAUUUGAGUACUCACAUCUACUCUUUAUGGAAAAUGUUGGAUUCAAUCUAGUUUGCUUUAUAUGUAUCUGCACAUUGCAAGUCCAGGGAAGUUUGGUAUUGAUCCUUGUUCAAGAUUGCAAAAUGGAGCUGUGAAUCUUGAAAGGAAGAGGCUAUUUCAGUCAA